UUCUCCUGAAAGUUUCAGAGUGCACUUCAAUCUGCGCCCCUCCCUCCAGACUGUCAAGAAGUGUAGCUGCUGCUUCUCAGCCGUUUUCCUCUCCUGUGCCUAUCUUCCAUGGCAGAAGCAGAACUUGCCCAAAAACUUCAGCGCCGCUUGGUGCUGGAGGAUACAGAACCCUCAGAGACCAAUGCUGAGCCACAGGAAGAGCAAAAUGGAGAGGGAGAGGAGAAAGCAGUCACUGCCAAUGCUGACUCUGAACUUAGUGCCAAGCUGAACAGAAGGCAGGACAUCAACGCAGGCAAUGCUGUACCAUCCAACCGGGGUCAGGUCUUCAACCCAUAUACCGAGUUCAAAGAGUUUUCCCGAAAACAAAUCAAGGACAUGGAGAGAAUGUUUAAACAGUAUGAUGCUGGCCAUGAUGGUUACAUUGAUUUAAUGGAACUGAAGCUGAUGAUGGAAAAACUUGGAGCUCCACAGACUCACCUUGGGCUGAAAAAUAUGAUAAAGGAAGUAGAUGAGGAUUUCGAUGGGAAGUUGUGCUACCGAGAGUUCCUGCUGAUAUUUCGCAAGGCAGCAAGUGGCGAGCUGGAAGAGGACAGUGGACUGCUGGCUCUGGCAAAACUCUCUGAAAUUGAUGUGUCCACUGAGGGAGUGAAAGGUGCCAAAGACUUCUUUGAGGCAAAGGUUCAGGCCCUGUCCUCAGCUAGCAAGUUUGAAGCAGAGAUUCGUGCAGAGCAGGACGAGAGGAAGCGGCAAGAGGAAGAGAAGAAAAACCGCAGAGCAGCCUUCAAAGAGCUGAAGUCUGCAUUUAAUUAGCAACUGACCAUUCUCUGCCACAGAAGAUUUGCACCGUCUCGGCUGCCACUAACCAUUUGCUGUUUCUUAGGCCAUUUGCUUAUCUUUUAUAGUGGUCUGCACUAAAUCCAAAAAGGCAAUGGCCAAUUACUGCAAGAGAUUUGUUAAUGUUAAACGCAUUGGGACUCUCCACUGAGGAAAAUGAUACUUGCAACCAUUUAUCAGAGCUGUUUAUGGCUAAUCCAUGGCAUAUUUUAUUGCAACACGUGUGUACAAGACUCUAGGUCCAUGCAACAUAUUAUGAUGGGGCGUUCUCUAUUUAUUUAUUUUUAUAACACAUGAACUUGACAUUAAGCUCAUGCAAGAGCAUACAAGUGGUAAAGAACAACAAAGCUGCUACUUUGACUAUUAAAGUGAUUGUAAAGUUGAGCGUUCUUGAGCACUUCUGUAGGUAGCAUAUGUGAAAUAGUCCAGUUGCUAUAAUUUUUUUUAUUCCAAUACUAAGAUAUUUUAAAAUUUAUAUUUUAUAAUCUCCUUCUUACUGCUCCUUGUUCCGCCCCCAUUGUCUUUCCUGGUCUAGGAACUGUUUGGCGUAGAGAGCGUUUCCACCCGCUCUCUUUGUAGGCAUUCAGGCAUGCUCCCAAGUUAGUAAGUUGUGCGCGUGCACAAGUCUCCGCUGUCGGAUGAUGAUCGAGGGGGCGAUUUUGCUUCACUCGUGGUCAACUAACGGCCUGGAUUUCAAUAGGAUGAAAACAAAAUCGUCAUAAAAAAAAAAAAAAGAUUUUUGUAAAAAGAAAAAUGUAUGAAUGAAAGUCCUGUUUAUUUAUAUAGUUAUUUCACAUGCUUCUUUCCAGAUGGCUCAACUUUACAAUCCCUUUUAAUAUAAGCAUGGCCUACUUUUAACAAACAUUCAAAUUAACUGUCCCUAAAUAACGUGAUUUUGUGUCAAUUAAUAUUUACAUAUUAGUGACCAAAACCAACUUUUUUUUUUUUUUUUAAAGGUGUACAAAUGUCACCAGCAUUCCAGAAAUACAGUGAAAGGGUUAUCUGUAACUGGUUUUUAAACAAUAUAAAGGCACUUUAAUGUAUCUGACUAAAAGCCCUGUUUUCACCCCCCCCCCCCCCCCCCCACACACACACACUUGAUUUGCAUUUUUAACAAAUACAGUGUUUAAGACCUAAAGGCUUAAGCAUUUACUUGGGGAAUAUGAGAGAACAGACCGUAGGGAAAAAGUGGAAACUGCAAGUAUAGACAAAUCUCUUUACAUCUCUCAUAAAGGCACAUAAUUAGCAGCAUUUCAGCAUUCUGUAAAGAAUAUCCAGACAGGACCAUCUUCUGCUACAUUGAAUUGCAAUGUCAAUCAUUUUUGGAAAGAGCGUGCGGAGGUAAUUGGCCUAGUAGAUUCAUAACAAUGGAUGUAAGUUAGUGAAUAUGUGAACAUAAUAAAUAUAUACGUGUGUAUGUAUGUGUGUGUAUGUGUGUAUAUGUAUGUAUAUUUUAUAUAUAUAUAUAUAUAUAUAUAUAUAUAUAUAUAUAUAUAUAUAUAUAUAUAUAUAUAUAUAUAUAUAUAUAUUGGUAUUUUAUUUUCUGUGGCAGGGAAAUGUGGUCUUGCUUGAAAAUAGAUAAAAAUGUAAAUGUUAGAGAGCAUCACAAAGUGCUAGCUGAAGGAUCAAAGGCAAUAUUUAUUAAAAUGUGCUAUACCACAGCCAGCAUAGCACAAGAUUAGCAAAUAGGGACAAAAAGGCAUAAACAACAUUGUGUCACCAUGUACAUAGAAAGUUUGAUAAGUAAAAUAUACAUUUUAUUCUCUUUGGCUUUAUGCCUUAUAAAUUAACAUAAUUGCCUGACAGAUUACUGUCUGGGACUGCCUUAUCUAUUUUCAUUUUUUUUUUAGAACUUGGGUGGGUAUGACAAGACGAGGUAGUCUUCCUAGUAUCCUGGCAUAAGCCCCAUAGGCGGAUGCUAACAGACUGGUGCUGCUGAGUGAAGCUGUUAAAGGGGCACAAAACCGUUUUUUUUUUUCCUUUCCAUGAUUCAGAUAGAAAAUACAAUUUUAAUCAACUUUCCAAUUUACUUCUAUCUAAUUUUCAUCAUUCUUUUGGUAUUCUUUGUUGAAGGAGCAGCUAUGCACUACUGGGAGCCAGUAACAUGAGGUAUAUAUGUGCAGCCACCAAUUGACAGCUCUUAAACCUACCUAGGUAUCCUUUCCAUCAAAGGAUACCAAGAGAACAAAACACAUUAGAUAAUAGAAAUAAAUUGGAAAGUUGUUUAAAAUCGCAUGCUCUAUCUGAAGCACGAAAUAAAAAAAUAUAGGUUUCAUGUCCCUUUAAGUCUGCCUAUGGAGAUAGAGUAAGCAAAGAGAAUACCAUCAAGCUAGGCCUUAUCUUUCAUGAAUUAAAGGUCAGUGAAAACCUUACAGGGGAGUUAAAAUGUUAUUCAAUUCAAACUUUAUUUGUGCAAGGUUUUACAGUUUCAGAUUUAACUCCUUGACUGCUAUAAAUGGUGGAAGCAUGUUUUAAUAUAAGGGACUGGAAACCUUUUAUGGCAGCCAGAGGAGAUAAUAUAUAGCUGGUGACUUAAUUCAUGCUUAGAAUUACUCUGUUUUGCAUAUUUUUAUAGGAGAAUAUUUGAAUGUGAAAUGCAUUUGCUGGAAGAGCUUGCUUUGACAUCUUCAGCAGUGAAAUGGUUAAUAAUGAUUUUCGUUGGCGUAAUUGGUACUUUUGUUUCCAUUGUUCUCAACUUCAGUCAUAAAGAUCCCCCAAUAGGCCACAACUUCAGGUUAACUGCAGGAGUAAAUCAGUGUUGUAACACUAGUGACUAGCUCACCCUGUGCUGAAGCCGGAGUAUGUUACUGUCUGGGGUUGAGAAACACUUCUUUUGAUGUUAAUAAUUGUUUAACUGUGGUGUCAUUGCCACAUGUUUAAUAUGACCUCUGAGUGACACUGCAGGACAGCAGAGGGGCUCUGUAUACUUGUCAUGAGAUUUUUUUAUGAUGAGGAGACAGACUUUUAAAAUGUUUAGAUCUGUUGGCUACUGUUCUAUAUACAUUUUAUAUUAAAAACAAUAAAGAUGUUUUACUAAUA